GUAGGAACUAAACACGUAACAAAAACAAAAUAAAAACUUUCCAAAUCAAAAAACAAUAAAUUAAGAACCAAUCAAUAGGGACCAUUCAUUAUAGAGACCAUUCAUGUAAUUUACUCAAAUGUAGUGGCGCUUAUAGAAUGGUAGAUAUCUCCGGCAGCAUCUGCUACCAGUGUCGCUCCGCCAUUUGAUCGGCAAUAUUCGCAUCUGUCAACUCUACAACCACCCUUACUCUGCUAGCGCACAGCAAUGUCGGCUUCCUCAGCUCCACCACCGCAGCAAAAACUCACCGCACCCUACGGUUCCUGGUCGUCCCCUAUCACCUCCGACAUCGUUUCCGGCGCUGGCAAGACUCUUGGAGGCACCGCCGUCGACUGUCUCGGCCACCUCUUUUGGCUCGAAUCACGUCCUACUGAAUCCGGACGCUCGGUUAUAGUUAGAGGAGGUUCUGAUGAAGAUGAAGCUUCCGAUAUAACGCCGAUUGACUUCUCAGUUCGCACAGUUGCUCAAGAUUACGGUGGUGGUGAUUUCUCAGUUUCAGGCGACACUGUAAUUUUCUCGAAUUACAAAGAUCAAAGACUCUACAAGCAAUCUACUCGUUCUCCUUCGCCACCUGUAGCACUUACCCCUGAUUAUGAUGAACCUCUAGUCUGCUACGCUGAUGGAGUUUUUGACAAAAGGUUUAAUCGAUAUGUCACCAUUAGAGAAGAUCGAAGAGAAAGUAGCAAAAACUCUGUAGCAACUAUUGUAGCACUUGAACUCAAUGAUGAAACUAUUCGAGAUCCAAAAGUAUUAGUAGGUGGAAAUGAUUUCUAUGCAUUUCCUAGAUUAGAUCAUGAGGGAAAAAGAAUGGCAUGGAUUGAGUGGAGCCACCCUAAUAUGCCAUGGGAUAGGUCCCAACUUUGGGUGGGAUACAUUUCCGAAAAUGGAGACGUGUACAAACGUGUAUGUGUUGCGGGGGGUGAUCCAACUAUAAUAGAAUCUCCAACUGAACCAAAGUGGUCAUAUGAAGGGGAAUUGUUCUUUGUCACUGAUAGGAAUCUUGGAUUUUGGAAUAUUCACAAAUGGGUUGAAUCUGAUAAGAAGGUGCUACCAUUAUAUUCAUUAGAGGCUGAAUUCACAAGACCAUCGUGGGUUUUUGGAAUAAAUUCGUACGAGAUAAUUAAUGACCACAAAAACUUAAUUGCAUGUAGUUACAGGCACAAAGGAAAGUCGCAUCUUGGAAUUUUGGACACGAAUAGGAACACAUUAUCCGUUCUUCAAACUCCUUUCACAGAUCUAAGAAAUAUUACGUGUGGUCUACACUGCCUAUACAUUGAGGGUGCAUCCGCUAUUCAUCCAUUGUCGAUAGCUAAGGUGACUUUAGAUGAACAAGCAUUAAAAGUUGUAGAUUUUAAAAUUGUUUGGUCUUCAUCACCUACAAGUUCAAAUUACAAGUCGUAUUUUAGCACUCCAGAGUUUAUCGAAUUUCCAACACAAGUUUCUGGUGAGAAGGCGUAUGCGUACUAUUAUCCCCCCACUAAUCCAAAGUAUCAAGCGAAUCAAGAAGAAAAACCACCAUUGUUAUUGCAGACUCAUGGAGGACCUACAGAUGAAGCACAUGGAAUCUUGAAUCUAAAUAUUCAAUUUUGGACUAGUCGUGGUUGGGCUUUUGUAGAUGUGAAUUAUGGUGGAAGCACCGGUUAUGGUCGAAAGUUUCGUGAAAGACUUUUGAAGCAAUGGGGUAUAGUUGAUGUCAACGACUCUUGCAGUUGUGCCCAAUUUUUGGUAGACAAUGGAAAAGUAGAUGGUGAAAGACUUUGCAUCACGGGGGAGUCUGCUGGUGGUUACACAACAUUGGCUACUCUUGCUUUUAAGAAUACAUUUAAGGCUGGAUCUUCUUUGUAUGGUAUAGCUGACUUGAAGUCGUUGAAAGAAGAAAUUCCCAAGUUUGAGUCCUACUACAUAGAUAAUCUUGUUGGGAGUGAAAAAGAUUUCUUUGAGAGGUCUCCUAUUAAUUAUGUAGAUCAGUUUUCUUGCCCUAUCAUACUCUUUCAAGGAUUAGAAGACAAGGUUGUAUCCCCAGAGCAAGCAAAGAAAAUAUACAAAGCCUUGAAAUCAAAAGGAUUGCCUGUUGCGCUUGUGGAAUAUGAAGGAGAACAACAUGGUUUUCGCAUGGCUGAAAAUAUAAAAUUUACACUUGAACAACAAAUGGUGUUUUUCUCACGUUUGGUGGGACAUUUUAAGGUCCCACUAGUGAAUUCGGUUGUUGGUAGGAUUCCAUUCGAAACUGUGCUUGUGAAGCAUACUGAUGAGUACACCUUUGAUAAUCUUGUAAUCCUUUAUGAACUUCCUGUAGCAGCCGGUCAACCCCAGAAACCUGUGUAG